CUAAUUAAUAAGUGGAAGUUGAAGUAAUUGUAGAUCAAGUGAGGUUCACAAAGCCACGGCUACGGUACCCGGGGAGGAACAAACCUUAUCUUCAAACAAAAGCGCGAAAAGCUUUCACCUCGACAGUCAGUCCAUGCGGAUCGCGUCGAAGCGCAGCCUCAUCACGGAGAACUGGGCUGAGAAAGAGUGAGAGGGGGAGGGAGAGCGAGACAGAGAGCGAGCGAGCGAGCGAGAGAGAGCGUGUGUAUGUGUGUUAGAGAGAGAGGGAGAGCCAGAGCCAGAGAGACGAGAAAGAUAAAGGAAAGACAGACGAAACGAUAGACUUGUGCGUAAAAAGUAGCUACUGGUGCCCCCUUCUUCUUUUUCUUUCUCAAUUUCCAUCAGACAAAAACCCAAACCCGCUGCUUGGAUGAACCAAAACCUAUCGAUCUGUCAGUACUACACCUGGAUUCACUGACCAGCCGCACAGCAGGCAUGUCCCGAAGGAAGCAGAGCAACCCCAGGCAGAUCAAACGAACCCUGCCUGUUCUCUGCGGGCGAGUUGGAGGAGGGUCCAGGCCUGGGUGCUAGCCGAGAGAUCUCUGGUUCCUGCUUUCAGGUCCAAAUCCUCCCUCUGUGUGUGUCUGUGAGGAGGCGAGGCAGUGGCACAGCUCCCCAGAGCCCCUGCCCAGUCCUUUGAAGAUAAGAUGGUGAUACAGAGUCCCUUUCGGUCCUCUGGAGGAUGGCCUGGAGGAAGAGGAGGAGGAGUGUGUCUCUGAGGAGAACGAGCUCUUGGCCAAAGAUGAGUUCUCUGUGGAGGAGAACUUCACUGCCGAGUUUGAGACUGAGAACAUGAGCUGCGAAGACAUGGAGUACUUCUGCAACAAAGGAGAGGAAGAUGGAAGCCGAGAACCAGGAGAGUCAGAAAUGGAUGGACAGGGCGAGAAGACCAGGCAUGCUGCAGUGGUACCGGAUGAGUGGGAUGGUCCAAGAGAGCUGGAUGCCUUCCUUAAAGAUGGCGAGCGUCGGAUCCACAGCCGGCAACAGCUCCCUGUGGGGACAACAUGGGGACCCUUUGAGGGGAAGAUUGAGAUGAGCACUGACAACACUGCACUGAAGACGAAGAGCACAGUCCCGGUAGUGCUGAGCGCUGGCCCCAGGUGGCUGCUGGAUGUGACUUGGCAGGGAGCGGAAGACAACAAAAACAACUGUGUGGUGUACAGCAAAGGUGGUCAACUGUGGUGCACCACCACCAAGAACAUGAUGGAGGGCGAGGAGCUGGUGGCGUUUGCUGUGGACUUUGACUCACGUCUGCAGGCAGUAAACCACAUGUCUCUGAGCGAGGGCAUGUACCCAGCCAGGCUGCUGGACAGCAUCCAGCUCCUGCCACAGCAGGCCGCAAUGGCUUCCAUCCUUCCCACCGCCAUCGUCAACAAGGACAUCUUCCCCUGUAAGGCAUGUGGAAUCUGGUUUCGGAGUGAGAGGAACCUGCAGGCCCAUUUGAUGUACUACUGCAGCGGGCGACAGAGGGAGCCAGAGACAGUAGUGGAGGAAAAUGACACUGGACCCCACCACACCCCCAGUAUCUGUCCCUUCCCUCAGUGCAACAAGAGCUUCUCUGGAGCCAGGGCCCUGGAAAUGCACUUGAGCACCUCACACAGUGGUGUCAAAAUGGAAGAGAGCCUCCCUCCUGGCACCAGCUUGAAAUGCACAAUCUGUAACUACACGGCAGAUUCUCUUAUUACAUUCCAGCAUCACAUCAUGUCUCACCUGUCACAGGCGGCCUUCAGAUGCAAUCACUGCCAUAUCAGCUUCCAGAACCACAGGGAACUCUUACAGCAUCAGGACUUACAUGGGCACGGCAGCAAACUUCACAGAGAAGGCGACGGCACUGAGCAUUCCCCCAGGGGGUCUGAGGAGAGCCUCCACCAGCAGCAGCAGGCCCGCUCUGAGCUGGCCAACAGGAAGGAUGCUCUGCUGGGAAGUCCCAAAGGGGCCCUCAACAAGGAGACCAGCACAGACGGAGAGGCUGACAAGACUGAGAAGAAGCCUAUCCUUUCAGUUCAGAAGGGAGAGGCCCACCCAGGCAACAAAGCCAGUUUUUCUUAUACUAGGAUCAAAUCUGAGCCCUCCAGCCCCCGGCUGGCCUCCUCUCCUGUGCAGCAUAACAUGCCUACAUUUCCCAUGGGCCCCUUCUUGUCUCAGUUUGCUUUCUCCCAAGACAUUUCUGUAGUCCCACAGGCAUCUGAGAUUCUGGCUAAAAUGUCAGAGCUAGUUCACCGUAGGCUACGCCAUGGAGGGAACAGCUACCCCCCUGUCAUCUACAGUCCUCUUAUGCCCAAAGGGGCCACCUGUUUCGAAUGCAAUAUCACCUUCAGCAACCUGGACAACUAUUUGGUCCACAAAAAGCACUACUGUAACAGUCGCUGGCAACACAUGGCAAAGUCUCCUGAUUUCUCUGCCCUCUCAGAUAAGGUCCCCGAGGCGGUGAGUCCCAACAGUGGUCACAGUUCUGUUAGCAUGUUGGCUGGCUGCCACCCUACCGAGGCUGAGAGCCACCUCAUGCAGUCUGCCUGUCUGAACUCCAGUGUGUUGGACAUGAUCAAUGCUGGGGCUAAAGGGCCUGAUAAGGACCUAGCAGGACAGGUGAAGAAGGUCUCUACUCCAACUGGGGCUGAGGAAAGGCUGAAUGGCAAGCAGAUGGAUGGUAAAAGCCCCAGUACAGGUCUGGUGGAAAGUGAUAAUGAUCCAAACAAGACAACUUGCGAGGCCUGCAAUAUCACUUUCAGCCGUCAUGAGACCUACAUGGUCCACAAGCAGUACUACUGUGCCACACGUCAUGAUCCUCCCAUGAAACGUAUGUCCACCAACAAGGUGCCCUCCAUGCAGAGAACCAUGAGAACCCGCAAGCGCAGGAAGAUAUACGAGAUGUGUCUCCCUGACCAGGACCACCAGAGGCACCCUAUGGGUCAACCAGGUUUCCUUGGAGUUCCUCCUAUAAAUGCUUGUACAUCACAGGAAGCUGUAGAGAGCCUAGCAGAUCGUUUCCAACCCCGGUGUGACAUCUUCCCAGGUAUGGUACCCAAACACCUGGAGGCCUCUCUGACUGUCACUAAACCUAUUCUGACUCCCAAAUGCAAUGCCGUGGAGCAGCAGGAGCUUGACGCGCCCAUUGAUCUAAGCAAAAAGUGUUCGCCAGUCCCUGACAAGACAUGUAGCUCUCCUAAAAGAUUGUUGGACUAUCAUGAAUGUGCAGUGUGCAAGAUAAGUUUUAAUAAGGUGGAGAACUACCUGGCACACAAGCAGAACUUUUGCCCUGCAACAGCCACUGCCACCGCGCAGCAACACAAUGAGAGUGGCAGUCUGGAGCCAAACAUGUUCCCAGAUGUAAAGAGUGAAGGCAAUAACAACUCUGAUGACAUCUACGAUAAGAGCCCAGGCAAAUGUGAGAAGAAUGGCAACGGGAAGGUGAUGGUGCAGAAUGGAGGCAUGUUCCCCCCCCACCUGGGGCCUGUGGUGGGACACAAGCCUUUUGUUGAGCCCCAGCUCAUCCCAUCAAAAGAUGAGAACAAGAAUAUGUUUCUGCCCCACUGCCUUUAUCCUGGAGCAAUAAAGAAGGUGAAAGGUCCUGAGCAAAUAUCACCAUAUUUUGGGAUAAAGCCAACCGAUUACGUGGCCGGGGGACCAGUGAUGCAGGGAGAGGCUAGUGAGCAGGAGCAGAGCAUUAACGGGGGAGGAGGAAGUGCAGGAGGAGGAGGAGAGACGGGAACAGCCAGAGAGCAGAUCCAGCAGCCUGCUGCUAAUGGCUGCCCCCACCCUGGCAAGGAACCCCUUCCUCUACUGCCCAAAAACCGGAGCAUGGUCAUCGUCAACGGGGGGCACAAGCCCGAGGAGCAUUCAGGCACAGCUCCACCACAGCAGGAGAACCAGCCCCAGCCAGACAGCCAACCCCCGAAUCCCUCACCCACGUGGACCACUGAGAACCAGGCUGACUCCAACGAGAACAUGUCACCCACCUCCAAGUCCCCAAACGAGGAGGCAGCACCCACAGCCAAUAAAGGAGUGAACAACUCUGGAAGUGGCAAGUACUGCCGCCUCUGUGAUAUCCAGUUCAACAACCUAUCAAACUUUAUUACCCAUAAGAAGUUUUACUGUUCGUCACAUGCUGCAGAGCAUGUAAAAUAAGUUGAGAAGAAUAAGACAUGCUCUUUUCCUCCCCACACCUUUCCCCCCCUUUUAACACCUUUUCCUCCUUCGUUUUGGUACACUGUUGUGUCUGGAAUAGUGCAUCAUGCAGUGCUAAAUGCUGCUUGUGGACAAUCAAGAGAAGCUUCUUCUUUCAUUGUUUUCAGACUUAAAAAUGCAAAA